AAAAUAUUACCAGAGGCAAAUGCACCUAAGGGUAGAUGAGUAAGUGUUUGCUGUAGCCUGGUAAAACUGUUUGCUGAAGCCUGAUUCAUAAGUUAGCUGCUUGUUUUCGUUUCGGAACUAGACUGGUCUUAUUAAAACGUGAGACCUUUUUACUGCACAAGGAAAUCUGUUCGACAUCCUUGAUGAUUAUGCAUUGCUUAGCCAUCAGACAAAUUUCGGUUUGUAACUUGCUUGCUUUCUAAAUAAGGAAAGAGCUAUUUCUUAAGUGACAGUUGAACUAAACAACCCCUACAUUCGGCAGACGAUCUGCGCAUAGGAACCACGUGUAAAACCAUCUUCUUGUAAACUGCUCUCUGCUUUCCAGCAAUAAACUUAAGAUGAGCGCCUGAAAUCGCAGACAAACUCGUUUUGGUAAUGUCAGAUGGAAUAGGAUUCAACAGCAAGCAAACAGGAAAUGCCUGAUAUUGCUCAUAAUUCCAAAAGACAGCACUACUAGUUGAGAAUUGGCAGGAUCUGUCACUUGAGCUUUUUUUCAGUGCACUCUGUGCUGUGGGGACCAGGGAUAGUGAGAGAAGGCAUCUGUACCGUUCCACAGUGGCACCGGGAGCCCCUUACCGGCCAUGCGUUGUAUCGUGCGGGUCUUCACACUGUUCCAAGCUUUUGUUCGGCUUGCUGUUUUCUCUAAUGUUGAUGACAAAAAUGCAAUGCAGUUUACCGGCCCAGUGGAGGACUUGUUUGGUUACACUGUUCAGCAGUACGAAAACGAAGAAGGGAAAUGGGUACUCAUUGGUUCCCCUCUCUCUGGCCAGCCUCGUGAACGACCAGGUGAUGUUUACAGGUGUCCAGUUGGAAGAGGCAAACAGUCUGCUUGUGAGAAGAUGAAACUGAAUGAAAACACAACAAUACCAAAUGUCACUGAAGUUAAAGAGAACAUGAUGCUUGGGACAACUUUGCUGACUAAUCCAAAAGGAGGGUUUAUGACGUGUGGGCCUCUGUACGCUUAUAAAUGUGGAAGUCUGCUUUACACAACUGGUAUCUGUUCCAACGUUAGCUCCUCAUUCCAAGUUUUGAACUCCAUAACUCCAGCUGGACAAGAGUGUAAAACACAGCUUGAUGUUGUAAUCGUUCUUGAUGGCUCCUAUAGUAUCUACCCAUGGACAGAAGUGAAUAAAUUCUUGAAGAACCUAUUGUCCAACAUAGAUGUUGGUCCUGGUCAAAAUCAGGUGGGCAUCGUGCAGUAUGGUGUUCAUGUUGUCCAUGAAUUUAAUCUCAGUGACUAUAAAACUACAGAGAAAGUCCGUGAGGCAGCUGGGGAGAUUAAACAAAGAGGAGGAGAACGGACUUUAACUGCACAUGGAAUUGAAACUGCAAGGAAAGAAGCAUUCACAGAAGAACGUGGUGCCAGACGAGGAGUGAAGCAAGUAAUGGUGGUAGUAACUGAUGGUGAAUCUCACGAUGGUUACAGACUGAAUGGCGUUAUCGAUGACUGUGAAAAGGAUGGGAUUGAGAGAUUUGCUAUUGCAAUUCUUGGCAGUUAUAGCAGAGGAAACAUCAGCACAAACAAUUUAGUGAAAGAAAUACAAUCCAUUGCAAGUAAACCUACUGAAGACCAUUUCUUCAAUGUGUCUGAUGAAUUCGCUUUGGUUUCCAUAGCUAAAUCCCUUGGAGAAAGAAUAUUUGCUUUGGAAGCAACAUCAGACAAAUCUGCUUCCUCAUUUAAGAUGGAGCUCUCUCAGACUGGAUUCAGUGCUCAUUACGCCAAGGAUCGUGUUAUGCUUGGAGCAGUUGGAGCUUAUGACUGGAAUGGAACAGUUGUUAUGCAGGAUGGCACUGAGUUUCUUAUUGCUGAAAAUCACACCUUCAAAACUGACAAGAAUGAACACCUUGCUGCAUAUCUUGGUUAUGCUGUUAACUCUGCAUCAUUAUCUGAAAAGGAACUGUAUAUUGCUGGAGAACCUCGAUAUGGUCAUACAGGAAGAGUUGUCAUCUAUACAGUGGAAGGUCGAGAAAUAAAGAUAUUGCAAACAUUAAAAGGAGAACAGAUUGGUUCUUACUUUGGAAGUGUUCUAACAACAGCUGACAUCAAUCAGGAUUCAGAAACAGACAUUCUUCUUGUUGGAGCACCAAUGUAUAUGGGGACAGGGAAAGAGGAACAAGGCAAAGUUUAUGUGUACUCCCUUACUGACAAAAGUGAAUUUAAAUUCCAAAUGAGUCUUGAACCAAUAAAGCAGACAUGCUGUUCAUCCCUGGGAGACAGUUCCUGCAAGACUGUGAACAAAAAUGAGCCAUGUGGGUCCCGCUUUGGAAUAGCAAUAGCUUCAGUGAAGGAUCUUAACCUUGAUGGAUAUAAUGAUAUAGUAAUUGGUGCCCCACUGGAGGACGACCACCGUGGAGCAGUGUAUAUUUACCAUGGGAAUGGGCAGACCAUCAACAAAGAAUAUACACAGCGAAUCGCUUCUGGUGGAGAUGGAGAAAAAAUGAAAUUCUUUGGGCAGUCUAUUCAUGGAGAGCUUGAUUUAAAUGGUGAUGGCCUAGUUGAUGUGACUAUUGGCGGGCUUGGAGGUGCUGCACUCUUCUGGUCUCGAGAUGUAGCUGAAGUAAGGGCUAACAUGACCUUUAACCCAAGUAUGAUCAACAUUGAAGAGAAGAACUGUACUGUUUCAGGAAGAAUGGCAGUUUGCAUAGUUGCAGCCAUUUGUUUUCAAGUUAAUUUCAAGCCAAACAAUGAAGGAAACUACUCAGUAGGUAUCCAGUAUAAUAUUACAUUAGAUUACCAGAGAAUUCUUUCAAGAAGUUUCUUCAAAGAAUCACAAGAACGGAAAAUUGGGAAAAAUAUUACCAUCCCGGGAGACUGCACUUACCAUGAGAUCUACAUGUCGGACCAGCCUGACUUCCGGGACUCUGUGAAGGUUUUGCUGGAGUUUGGUCUUUCUUCCCCUGAGACAGGACCUGUACUUGACAGUCAGCUGCCAACAUCAAUAACAGAGUCUAUCUCCUUUGCAAUGAAGUGUGGAAACAAAGAUAAUUGUGUAACAGAUCUGAAGUUACAAGCAAUGUACAGCCCUGAAAAAAUAAGAAUUACUUCAGACAAGAACAAGUUAAAUUUGACAGUAACUAUCGUGAAUAAGAAGGACCCAGCCUAUAACACAAGAAUUGUUAUUAAUUAUUCUGGAAAUCUAAUAUAUGCUGCAAUUCAGGACAUACAGAAAGACCAAUGUGAGUCAAACCAUAACAUUACAUGCAAAAUUGGAUACCCAUUUUUAAGCCAUAAUGAAAAGGUUACAUUUAAAUUAACUUUCCAGUUCAAUGUAUCCCAACUGCCUGAUACAGCUGUCAUUACUCUAAAUGCAAUAAGUGACAGUGAAGAAGUGGAAGAUACUCUUUCCAACAACUAUAAGAGUUUCAGAAUUCCUUUGAUAUAUGAAAGCACAGUGACAUUUGAAAGCUCCAUAAAUAAAGGUUAUGCUACAAUACCAGCACAUGCUACAGUACCUAAAAUAAUUGAGACAAUCCAGAGCAUCGGUGAAGAAGUAAAAAUCACCUAUCUGAUAAAAAAUGGAGAGAUUUUCCCAAUGCCUGCACUUGACAUUACAGUCAUGUUCCCUGCAAGGACUCCAGCAUGGAACAUGAUUCUCUACCUGACUGGAUUAUCUGUUUCAGAGAACGUGAACUGUAAUGCUAGCAGUUUGAUUAACACACUGCAAAUAGGCCCUGGAAAGCCCCACAUGCCUUCUCCUACAAAAGAAAGACUAGAGGAUGUGACACUGGCAUGCCCAAAGAAUAUUUGUCAAACAAUUAAAUGCACAGUGGACCCAUCUGACUCAGCACAAAUGAAUAUUUCAUUUCACUUGUGGAAUACUACUUUUAUAAAAGCAACCUUUCAGAAUUUGAAUGUUGCAAUACUAGCCAGACUUCAGAGUAAAAACCCAGUGCUUGUACUGAAUAAACUAAACGAGGAGAGACACGUAUUAAUUCGAGUUUCAAAGGAGAUAUACCCCAGCGGAGUACCACUUUGGGUUAUUUUAGUGAGCGUUCUGGCUGGCCUUCUUAUUCUUGCAUUGCUCAUCCUCAUCAUGUACAAGCUUGGAUUUUUCAAACGACCACUGAAGGAAAAACAAGAAGGGGAGGAGUAUAAAUAGGAGGAACAAAGCAUUUUUGCUGUAGCUGUAGCAUUUUUUUAAGACCAAACUGUAAAUUAUAUUGUAAAAAUGUCCUUAUGUGCACUGUAUGUACUAUCAUACAUUGUAUGGGUGUCAAUGAUUUGUAAAAUUAUGAAGGAGAUAUUAUGAUUAUUUUGACAAUUGUAAAAUAAGUAACAGAUCCUGUUAGCUAAUGCUUUUGCACAAAAAUUCUGUGAACUGUAAAUUUAAAUUAUUUUGUAUAAGACUGUUUGCAAGCACUCACUUCUUUCUCAAGGGUAAGCUGUGCACUGGGAAUGUUUGAAUUAAUUCUUAUCCUUACUUAUAUUGUUUCUGUUUUCAGUAUUUUACCUUUUCCUUGUGUCCUUGAUUAACGAAGCAAUAUCACAGUUGUUCACAUCAUCAGCAAAGAAGAUUAUAGAGACAAGUGCCUGUCCAGUGAACAUAGUGAAUAUUUUUCUUUGCUAAUGCAAGGAGUGUGCAGAGCUGUCUUUUGUCUUAGACUAUAAGGUUCACUGUAGGCCCAGAGUCUAACAAGAGAGACCACCAUGAGUGACAAAACUAGUACUCCUAGUGAUAUAGGAGUAGAAGAAACAUGAUCAAAACAGUUUUGCAAAAUUAUGUUUAGGCACUUGAGCAGGUGUAUAGCAUACUGCUGUGCAGUCAAAUGCAAGUUUCACCUGAACAGAGCUCAUGGGCCCUAAAUCAUAUGGACUGUGUUAUAUAUACAAUUUAUAAGGGCUGAAUUUUAGUUAAUAUAGCUUGAUGGGGUUUAAUGGAGACCACACUGCUUAUGUCUUAAUUAUGAGAUCCAAUGGAAAGAAUUUUAACUAGAAGAAAAUAUAGGAUGGUGGUCAUGAAUAUUUUAUAUGGCUCAAUAAGGCGUGAAUCCACUAUAACUUAUUAAACCAUGACAGUAAGAUGGGAUUGGUUGCCUAUAAAAGUGUCAUCCGGCAGGUAUUAAAAUUGUGCAAAGGGUACAUGCCUGUAUUGCUUCCUACAGAAAUAGGAUGGCAGAAUUCUGCUAAGAUAUUUUUUGACAUUUAUUUGAUUCAAAAAAAUCUGAAAACUAUAAUAUUAUGCCAUAGCUGCUUCUAAGGUAUCCCCUUAUGAUGACAUAGUGUCCUUUCCCUUUGGUUUGCAUUUUAUAGUAGAGAGUUUGUAAGUCUCAACACUUCCUUUGCAUACCCCAUCUCUGUGCAUGCAUACAAGGCUUUUAGCCAUCUCCUUCCAAAACAAUUCCAACAUUAUAAGAAUCCUGAAUAAUCAGCAUAUUCAGGAGCCAGUAUGGUAUGCUGUAUUAAGACGUGGUGUACCAAUCGUACUACUGUAAGCAGUGGGUAUAAGGAGGGGAUACUCUGAACAGAGAACAUUACCAUUUUACUUAGGAGCUGCAGAUGACUCGGGACAAUGACUGCUGUACAUUGAUUCAAGAGAUGGGGGUAGACAUUGAGCAAUGUAUGUUAAUUUGACAGGUGAAAGAGAGAGAGAGAGAGUUAACAUUAAAAAUGAGCAGUCUGCUAUUCUGUAGGUCAUCUGCAUUAAAGACAGUACCCUAUGGAAUAAACAGUUUAACUUUCUCUGCAAAACAUAGAAGUGGAUACCAGGGACAGUGAGCAUAAGUGCAAAUGACACUGAGCGGUGGAGGAUGUACUAAUGUGAAUAAGUUAAUGUAACGCUGAUGGACAGCGGUGCAUUUGUAUUAUUUGUAUGACAUGCUUCAUGCUGCGGUCACUAGGAUAGGUGUGAAUAUGUAGCUGCUGCUUAUGCUUUGACAUUGGAUAUCUACUAAGGUAGUUAUUAUGUAGACAUGAACAUAGUUAGUACUACUCAACCAGAUUUACAGUGGGCCUAGAUCAAGUAACAAAGACUGCUGUUCAGUGAUUCUCCUGUUCAUGAAAUCUAACCAUUGUAAAUACCUUCAGUGUGGAAUAUAAAAUCUGAAUAUAUUGUCUUGGUGUUAUGGAGAUGUAGAUGACUUCACGUGUUUAAAUCCGUGUCUGAGGGCAGUGAACAAUUAGAAACAUUUUGUUUUGUUUUUUUUUUU